CUGUUUAAGUUGAUGCACAGACAAAAACUGAGUUACAGAUAUCUCCUAUAUUAUAUACGUAUUUUAUAUUUAUAUAAUAAUAUAUAAAAUGUGUAGUAUAUGCGGUGAAAAAGAGAGAGAGAGAGAAGGAGAAUGAAUGGGAGGAUCGAUCAAGGAUGAGAUGCAGCGGCGGAGACGGGUCUCCUACGAAAACCGGAAAGUGGGUUUUUUGUUGGUUAAUUACGAAACCGACCUUCCCACUGAUAGCGUAGUAAUUUGGUAGUGGCAGUAGUGGUAAAUUGGAGGUUGUUUCAGGUCCUUAAAAGUAAAGACAGAUGGAGGAUCCACGUCAGAUCCUAUUAGGACUGUCGGACCUACUCUCCACUGCUGCGCGCUAACCCACGCAGUGAUAUGGUCGAAUGAUCAUCUACAUUACCUUCAUAAAAAUAACGUUUAAUCUUAUUAAUAAGUACACACAUUUUUUCAAUUAGAGUAUGUACUUUUCAAUUUUUUUAUUCUUCACAAAAAUGUGAACUAGGUGAUGUUUCGAUUUACUUUUUUUGAAUUUAGAUCCUUUUUUUUGUAAAAUUUCUUCAUAUAUAUGGGAUAGAGUUAUAAUAUUUACAAGUUUAUUGGACGUUAAUGCAAUAACGCCCUUUUCAAUUGGUAGGUUUCUCGUGAAGAUGAUAAGCCAAUAAACGACGUCGUUCCAUAUCGGGGUUUAGAAUCUUUGAUUCUAUCGCCAUGUUUUCAUCUUCGAUUAGGUUAAUCGUAUCUGGUUUCCACCGGACUCAAACCCUAAAAUCGCCGGUAAAUUCUCCGAGCGUCUUCGUCUCCCUACCUAAAUUCUUCAGUUCCGAGUCGAAUUCUACGGGAAUUGGUUCAAGAUCCGUCACCAUGAGCAGCGUUGAUAAAACAGCAAUGGAGAGUCGAGCGAGCAGGAUGAGAGAGAAGCUUCAGAAAGAGCUCGAACCAGUGGAGUUAGUGAUCGAAGACGUUUCGUAUCAGCACGCUGGUCACGCCGGCAUGAAAGGUAGAACCGACGAAGAGACGCAUUUCAAUGUCAAGAUCGUCUCCAAAGGAUUCCAAGGAAUGAAUUUGGUGAAGAGGCAUAGGUUGGUCUACGAUUUGCUAAGGGAAGAGCUGGAUACUGGAUUGCACGCUCUUUCUAUCGUCUCUAAGACCCCUUCUGAGUCUCCUCCUUCAGGCUAGUUAGUGCCUGGCUACUCUUAUGACAGAGUUUAUGAUAUUGAUGCUUACUUUGUUGUUAACAAACCAACUCUUUCUUUACUUUAAAGAUUGGAUUUUUCCCAUCAAAGUCUCUGUUUUUUUUAAUUUUAUUGCAGAACCCAAUGCUUCAUUUUCUUACAUUUGCUUGAGGGUGUGUGUGAUUGUGUUUCUGGAUUUGUGUUUGCUUUUGGAUGAUGGUAGGUGUUCGAACUUCAAACAAAGACACUAGCUUUUAGUUCAAUUCGACUUCUGUGUUUUCUAGAAACCAAAACUACUGUACAUAUAUUGUUCCUAGCUUGAUGAAAUGUUCUAGCUAGCUUCCA